AUGGGUUAUCUAAUCAGUCCAAGCAAUAAUCAGGGGGGUUCCCAGCAUUGUUUUAGAUUCAGGUUCUUUUUAUUCAGUUUCCAUUUGAUUACUGUAAAGAUGUAUUUCUAUAUUCCGGGUAUUUUAUUAACAGUUUCGGUCGUACUUGCCGAAGAUGGACCAAUAGUUAGUUCUCCGUCUGGACAAAUACAAGGCACCGUGGAAUCUUGCGGUCUGUUUUGCACGUAUUAUUCGUUCAAAGGUAUCCCGUAUGCACUCCCGCCGGUUGGAGAGCUUCGUUUUCGUAAUCCAGUUGCCUCUCCGGGUUGGAGUGGUGUUCGGGAUGGACGUCGACAUGGUGCUACAUGUCUACAGGUUGGCGCUGAAGCUGGGGAAGUUAUUGGUGAUGAGGAUUGUUUGUUCUUGAAUGUGUACAGUGAGAACAUAAUCGGAGCGCGUCCGGUGAUGGUUUGGAUACACGGAGGAGCGUUUAGUGCCGGAACCGGUGAUACUGAGCCAUUCGAUCCGCAGAAGUUGGUUCGUGAAGGUGUUACUUUGGUGACAAUAAACUACAGAUUGGGCGCGUUAGGAUUUCUUAGUACGGCGGACCAGUAUGCCCAAGGAAACUGGGGAUUAAAGGAUUGCAUCGAAGCACUUCGGUGGGUACAAAGGAACAUUGCUGCUUUCGGAGGUGAUCCGAACAAUGUUACGAUAUUCGGUAACUCCGCUGGGGGUUCACUAGUGCAUUUUUUGUAUUUAUCCGAGCUGGCGGAGGGAUUGUUUCACAAGGCUAUUGCUCAAAGUGGAACGGCAUUGGCUACGUACGCUUUUCAAUCGAACCCAAGAUUGUAUGCUGACAGGCUGGCGGCAUUUUUUGGUUUAUCAUACGAUAGCGCACUUUAUGUUGAUGAAUUGAGGAACCUACCAGCAAAUAGUUUUGUACCGUUACAAGAAGCUUUGUAUACUAUACCGGUUCCAAGAUUUCUUCGAGCGAUGGAUUUUUCACCAUCAUUGGAGCCAAUAAACUCUCCGGAGGAAAGAGCGCUAACAGCUACACCGAAACACCUCAUGGAAAAACGAGAAUAUCAAGUUCCAUUUAUGCUUGGCUAUAGUGAUCUGGAAGGAUCGUUUUUCACUACCCUUGAACAGUUCAUCGAUCAAACGGUGUGGGAUCAGUUCAAUGCCCAACCUCAUUUAUUGGUACCUUACUUUUGGAACAUCAACAAUGGUUCGACGGCGUCAUCCAGCGUUAUCUCCGCUUUUCAGCACAAUUAUUUUCGCGGUCAUCCAAUUGACAGUUCGGUAGACUUCGAGUGGGCACAGUACUACGGAGAUCAUAUAUUUCUAUUUCCGAUCGAUUAUACUACUAGUGUGCACGCGAAAGGCCCAGCACCAGUUUACUACUAUCAGUUUUCGUACGAUGGUGACCUGAAUUUGUAUAAAAAGAUGCUGAUGAUCGCCCAUCCAGGAGCAGUUCAUACCGAUGAACUUCCCUACAUGUUUGAAAUAGCAGCGCAAAUGGGCAUUACAAUUGAGCCGAGUAGUCAUGCUCUAACGGUGAGCAGUCGAGUGGUACGAAUGUGGACGAAUUUUGCGAAAUAUGGGGAUCCUACUCCGGGCGAAGACUCUUUGCUGCAAAAUGUCAUCUGGCCGAGCGUCCAAGAGGAAACGGGAAGCUUAACUAGGAUGGAUAUUGGUCAUGAUCUGCUGAUUACGGAUGCUUGGUCUUCAAACAGAUUACAGUUGUGGCGUGAAUUGCAGACUUCGUAUGCUACUGACCCGUUUGAGUGAUAUUUAGAGCGAUAUCAUUAAAAUGUUUUUAACCUUAACCUUGUAACAUGCUCCGGUGUGAGUCAAUUUAAUUAAUAUUUUUAUUUCAUCUUCAAACAACACACAACCACACAAUAGGUACCGAAUACAUCAAAAUGCCUAAUAAUCUUUAUCGAAAGAACGUGAAAAUAUUCCGCAGCGGAAACCUGUAGAACAUCUUUGUUCCGGUUGCAUUCAUUAUCGGCGACGAUGCUUUCAUUCAAUAUAAAAAAUAAAUUUCCAUUAGGUUUGCCAUUAAAAGGUAUAAGCUCAGUUUUGUAUGUGUGCUGAUCAGGUUCAAAUAAUUCAUCGUUGAUAUCAUUGUGAACAUUCGAAGCUUCGACCAAAUUACUUUCAAUCUUGUCCACUCACAAUUUUCGUUUCAUGCGGCGAAUCCUCAAUUUAAUUGUCCUAAUUAUAUUCGUGUUUCGGUUCAAAGCCCGGGGAUUAAUUCCUGAUAAUCACCAGUUAUUAUUGCAAUGAUGUCAACUAUAUCCUCAAUUUGACGCUGGUCGAACGAAGCUAAAACGGUCCUGUAAAGAUGCAACAAUUCUUUCCGGCUGACCAACAAACUACUCAGGUUUAGGCAUAAAACCAUGCUGGUCAUCUCCGAUGUAGUGUUUAGAGUUAUUGUUAUUUAUCAGUGUGCAAUCAGACUGUCUCAACAACCUUUUUCUGCAACCUAUGUGCAUUAACUGUACACCUACCGUCUAUCCGUUGCACUUGACAGUGUGUGCAGUGCUUUAUGGUCACACCUAUGACCGCGCACCCGGCUUCCCAUGAGCGUUUUGGCGGCUCAGAGGUGUC